AAAAUUAAGCAAAUUGGAACUACCUAGUUACUGUGGCAUUAGAUGCGAGAUCUAGGAACUGCGUUGUAAUCAAUGCUGUGGUUACUUUCUAGUUCUACUUGUUGUGUUUGCUUUACAAAAGGGGUGAUAACAUAUUCUCAAUAUCUUCCAUUACGCAUCCAUCAUAGGCAUACCAUACCUACUAAAACUCCGCGACAGAUCAUAUCAUAUCAUAUCAUUUCAUGCGAUAAGCUAGCUUAUAUAUACACACACAAAUAAGAGGGCAGAAGGGAAAAAUUUGCUUGAAAAAAUUUCUAAUCUAUUCUAUUCUAUAUACAAUUAUGUCUUUUCCAUCUGGUAUUCUGAAAAGGCUAGUUUAAUUUAUUUGUGGAAAGAGAUAUAAAGCAAGCAAUUAAUAAAAACAUGGGUAGGGGAAAGGUGGAGCUGAAGAGGAUUGAGAACAAGAUAAACCGUCAAGUGACAUUUGCAAAGAGGAGGAAUGGUUUGCUCAAAAAGGCUUAUGAACUCUCUGUCCUCUGUGAUGCUGAGGUUGCCCUUAUUAUCUUCUCCAACCGUGGCAAGCUGUAUGAGUUCUGCAGCGGCCAUAGCAUGGCCAAGACACUUGAACGGUAUCACAGAUGCAGUUAUGGAGCCUUGGAAGUCCAGCACCAACCUGAAAUAGAGACACAGAGGCGCUACCAAGAGUACCUGAAGCUAAAAUCCAGAGUUGAGGCACUACAGCAAACACAAAGAAACCUCCUUGGGGAAGAAUUGGAGCACUUAGACGUUAAGGACCUUGAGCAGCUUGAACGUCAGCUGGACUCUUCCCUGAAGCAAAUCAGGUCAAACAAGACACAACAAAUGCUCGAUCAACUCGCUGAUUUGCAUAGAAAGGAAGAGAUGCUACUGGAGACUAACAAUAUCCUGAGGAACAAGUUGGAGGAAAUCAAUGUAGCCCUUCAACCAACAUGGGAAACUAGGGAGCAAAAUGCUCCAUACAAUUACCACCCUUCCCAAUCAGAGGGAUAUUAUGAGACAGCACAUUGCAACAGUACAUUGCGAAUUGGCUAUGAUUCUUCAGGGUUAAAUGAAGCAGGAGGAGCUGCAGGAACCUCAGCCCAAAAUGCUAGUGAAUUCAUGAAUGGAUGGAUGAACUAAAUUUAUUUCCAAUUUAGUUUAAUUUAUGAUUAUCAGAAAAAAAUGAUGCUUUUGUAGAGAUCUUGGCCUACAAGAACAGGCUGUAAUAAUAGGUGUCAUGCAGCAUAAAAUAUACUUAUGCUAUUCUUAAUAUUCCAAUAAGACAUGUUUUUCAUGUUUAUAACUAGAUGGAUUGGGUGAUUAUUAAAUGAAUGGAUUGAAUAGUCACUCCAAUUAGUAUUCUAA